AUGGCAGGGCAAGCCUUGAGGCGACUGAUGGCGGAGUAUAAGCAGCUGACGCUGAAUCCACCUGAGGGUAUUGUUGCUGGACCAGUAAAUGAAGAAAACUUUUUUGAAUGGGAAGCACUCAUAACUGGACCAGAAGGAACAUGCUAUGAAAAUGGAGUCUUUCCUGCGAAAUUAUCCUUCCCUUCUGAUUAUCCAUUAAGUCCACCAAAGAUGCAAUUCACAUGUGAAAUGUUUCACCCAAAUGUCUACCCUGAUGGAAGGGUGUGUAUUUCUAUUCUACAUGCACCUGGUGAUGAUCCAAUGGGCUAUGAAUCAAGUUCUGAGCGAUGGAGUCCAGUUCAGAGUGUUGAGAAGAUUCUCCUUUCAGUUGUCAGCAUUCUUGCUGAGCCAAAUGCUGAGAGUGGUGCAAAUGUCGAUGCUGCAAAAAUGUGGCGAGAUGAUCCAGAGCAGUUCAAGAAAAUUGCACAUCAUUUAGUGAGGAAGACUCUAAAUUUGCCCUCACCCAGUGAUUGA